GAGAAGGAAACAAUAAACUAUUUAAGAAAAUAUAUAGAUAGAUACAUAUAUUACAUCGAUAUAGAGAGAAGACGGCGCGCUGCGACACGAUGGCAGUAACGUCGAAUGACCGCCAACAUUGACAAUCGCGCGCAACCAAUCGAUGGCCCACUGCCACUUUGCUUCUGCCUACAACCCGUCUUUCUUACUUUCUCUCUACCUCUCUUUUUAAUCCCCUUCUUUGACACACCCCAUUCUCUAUUUGUUCCUCCACUCUCCAACUCGAUUUACUUUAUGCUCCCUUUUCACGUUUUCGCUCCUAUUUUAUAUAAUUAUUUUAAUCGAGGACUAUUUUUUCUUCCAUUUUUACUCUCUUCCCACUUCAAGUUAGAUUUCCAAAGUACAGGCGAUUAUUUUUACAAGGAAUAUUUUCUCUUCUUUUCCGACCAUUCAUCGAGGUAAGCGUAUAAUCAUAUUUUUCACAGAACGAUCUGACAUUUUCCAUCGUUAUUUCGUUACUCCUUGAUUGCUACACAUUUCACAUUGCGGUGUUUCGGAAUAUAUAUUCACUUAUCUUUUUUUUCUUCCAUCUAUUUCUCCUUGUUGCUGACAGUUUAUCUCUAUCCUCGCGAGUGUUUCCCCAGUGAUGUGCAACGUCAGUGGCCGCGUCGGCGUCGGCGUCGGCGUCGGGACAUCAGUGUCGGUGUCACUAUCGGCGUCGGCGCUAUCAUAUCGGUGGUUGGUUAGUAGACGAACGAAGGCGGUCGAGUACGUUGGGACACGUCGUGAUCAUUGAGAGUUCAAUCCGUCCACUCUCUUUAACCUUCGUUCACACUUGUUAAUAACGGUGGCAAGUUUGUAAAUCGUAUAUACCAGAGAAAACCCUGAACUGUCCCUUUCUUUUUUUCUUUUCCAUAGAUCGCAUUGUCGUAUAACGACGCGUUUAGAAAAAUAACGAAUAAUUUGACAUUUGUAACGCAAAACAAGAUUUCUGAGUGCAUUCGAGCGCGAUAACAUGAACACAGGAUGAUCUGUCGAUAUUCGGGGACACUGUGGCCGCGUAUUGCUUGAAGAAAAGGUGUGACGGACGGGGAAGAAGAAGGGAUUGAUAACUGAUCGGAAAAGGAAAUAUCGAAAAGUAUAUAUCCUGAGGGAGCAGAAUGAUCGAUCCGAGCUCGUCGGAGUCGGAAAGCGAGGAGGACCAGAGUUCUCAACACGUCGGAAGUGUCGGUGGCGGUAGUGGCGGAGGCAGCGGUGGAGCUCGCGCAGGGAGCGGUAGCUCGUACGGAUCCCGGCGACAGAUUGGACCCGGAGGGAGCCUCGCCACCGCGAGCGGUCCCGUCUCGGGUAGCGUGAGCUCGUUAGCCUCUCCAGGAGGCUCGAUCCACGGACCGGUCGGGACACCUCGAGCUGGCGGGGGCGCCGGCCAAGAUGCCGACGCAUCUUCCUCUCUCUCCGCGGCGAGAAACUCGUUAUCGCCGUCGAUGUCUGCUGCCCAGGAUGCGGCUAGUUACGCUCAGAGACCUACCAGCCCCUCGCCCUCUGUCGCCAGCGAGAAAACCGAACCGAUCUUCAGGACAAACAGGAGCGAGAAGAAGAGGAGAGAAAGACCAGGAUACAGCUGUAUGUGUUCGUAUCGAGAUGCAUUGCAUAUCCGUUUAACGCCAAACAACCAUUGGAUAUGACGAAACGUCCGCUAAAAGUGACCAAGCAACAACUCGAAACGAUAUGUUCUCGUUUUCAGAGUUUCCUAAAGGGAGAAACGCAAAUAAUGGCGGAUGAAGCGUUUCGAAACGCCAUACAGAAUUACUACGAUGUGUUUCUAACGUCGGACCGCGUGAUGCAAAUGGUUCAAAGCGGUGCUUGCUCGCAACUCGACUUCCGCGAGGUGUUCAAGGAGAACAUAAAGAUUCGUGUUCUACGCUUCCCGGAAAUCGAUGGAUUGAGCAAAGAGACUGUACUUACGUCCUGGUUGGCCAAAUUCGAUUGUAUCAUGAAAGGUACGGGGGACGAGGAGACCAAGAGGCCCUCCAGGAUGCAACAACAGUCUUUGAUCUCGGAGAUGAUUCUUCCGAAGGAGCAGCUGUACGACAUGUUCCAGCAAAUUCUUGGGAUCAAGAAGUUCGAACAUCAGCUUCUGUUCAACGCCCUCCUGUUGGAUUCAGCCGACGAACAGGCUGCCGCCAUCAGGAGGGAGCUGGAUGGUCGCCUCCAGAGGGUCAACGAAAUGGAAAAGAAUCGCAAGCUUAUGCCCAAGUUUCUCUUAAAAGAAAUGGAGUCGCUCUACAUCGAGGAACUAAAGUCGUCUAUCAACCUGUUGAUGGCUAAUUUAGAGUCGUUGCCAGUCUCGAAAGGUUCGACAGACAGCAAAUACGGGCUGCAGAAGCUGAAGCGCUGCAAUCACCGACGUGAGCGCUCCCGCUGCCGCGGUCAGGGUUCCCUCGUUAAAUUGGAGAGCGACUCCGCCGACUCGGAACCGCAGCUAACCAAAAUGGACGUAGGCCUCACCUUUCAAUUGGCUGUAGUGGUUGUAGAGGUCAGGGGCUUGAAGAGUUUACCACCCAACAAGAUCGUGUAUUGCACGAUGGAAGUCGAUCGUGGUAAAAAGCUGCAAACCGAUCACGCCGAAGCCUCGAAACCUAUGUGGGACACUCAAGGCGAUUUCACCACCAUGCAACCUCUACCGUUGGUCAAGGUUCGACUGUACACCGAGAAUUCGGCGAUGCUCGCGCUCGAGGACAAAGAAUUGGGCAAGGUGAAUCUACGACCUACACCGUUCUCCUGUAAACAUCCGGAAUGGUAUCGAAUGUCCGUCCCGAAAAAUUGCCCCGACCAGGAACUUCUCAUCAAAGUUGGCUGCCGUAUGGACAAACCGUUCAACAUGAAACAUUGCGGCUACCUUUACGCGAUGGGCAAAUCCGUGUGGAAAAAGUGGAAGAAACGAUACCACGUGUUGGUUCAAGUAUCCCAAUACACGUUCGCGAUGUGCUCGUACAAAGAGAGAAGGAGCGAGCCAUCCGAGAUGAUGCAACUCGACGGUUACACGGUCGAUUAUAUCGAACCUCUUUCGGCCAAUCUAAUGGUCGGUAUGGAUUUAGAUGACGGAAGAUUUUAUUUCAACGCUGUCCGCGAAGGGGACAACAUAGUAUUUGCCGCGGAUGACGAGAACGAGUGUCAAACUUGGGUAAUGGUUAUGUACAGAGCGACCGGCCAAUCCCACAAACCGACUCCGCCGGUAUCCGUGGCGGACAAAAAUUCCACCAUCAGCAAGAUACAGGGAGAUGCCGAUCGAGCGAAAAAGCAUGGAAUGGAGGAUUACAUUAGCGCGGAUCCUUGCAAGUUCGAUCAUCACAUUCUCUUCAAAUUUUUGCAAAAUUUGGUUCUGGAUUAUCGAUUGAACGAUCCCUACUGUUCCCUCGGUUGGUUUUCGCCUGGCCAAGUAUUCGUUCUGGACGAGUAUUGCGCGAGAUACGGAGUUCGAGGAUGCUUUCGACACUUGUGCUACUUGAACGACUUACUCGAUAGAAUCGACCGCGGUUUAAUGAUCGAUCCGACCCUGAUUCACUUCAGUUUCGCCUUUUGCGCCACUCACGUUUACGGGAAUCGCACGGAUCGAGUCGGUUCCAUUACUCACGAGGAGAAGGAAAAGUUUCAAGACAUCAAAGAGAGACUCAGACAAAUUCUCGAAGAACAAAUUACCAAUUUCAGAUACAGUUUCCCUUUCGGUCGGCCGGAUGGCGCGUUGAAGGCAACCCUGUCCCUGUUGGAACGAGUAAUGAUGAAGGAUGGCGUCAGCCCUGUGCCUCAAGAAGAAGUGAAGACAUUGAUCAAGAAUUGUCUCGAGAAGGCUGCUCUCGUCAAUUAUACGAAGCUCUCUGCCGAAGCGAAAAUCGAGGACGAUUUCAGCGGUGAGGUUUGCGUCCCGCCUAGCAAGAAACUCGAAGAUCUCAUACACCUUGCCGAUAUGUGCGUCGAUCUGCUUCAACAAAACGGGGAGCACUAUUCGAAGGUUGUACCGCAGGCGUUCGCCUGGUUUAGCGAUCUCAUGGUGGAGCACGCCGAGAUCUUCUGGUCUUUGUUCGCCGACGAUAUGGACAAAGUGCUCGCCGAACAACCACGGGAUACUUGGGACAGUUUUCCACUCUUUAAAAUCUUGAACGACUAUCUGAGAGAAGAUGGUACAAUUUAAAGAAAA